UCUGUUGCUGCACCAGUUUCCGGGGAACCGCGUUCCCACUACACCGGUCCGGCUGUCUUCCUUCCGCUCUCCAUUGCCCUGUUCUUGCUAUGGCUUCUGCUGUAUUCCGGCUGCUGCAGCAGGGCCCUCGCCGCCUCUUGGCUCCGGCCGCCCCUACGUUGGUUCCUCCAGUUCGGGGAGUGAAGAAGGGAUUCCGUGCCGCCUUCCGCUUCCAGAAGGAGCUGGAGCGAUGGCGCCUGCUACGCUGCCCGCCGCCGCCGGUGCGACGCUCAGAGAAGCCAAACUGGGAUUACCAUGCGGAGAUACAAGCCUUUGGGUCCCGGUUACAAGAAGCCUUUUCGUUGGACCUUCUCAAAACAGCAUUUGUCAAUAGCUGCUACAUCAAAAGUGAAGAGGCGAAACGUCAGAACCUGGGCAUAGACAAAGAAGCCGCUCUUCUGAGUCUUAAGGACAAUCAAGAACUGUUUGAGCAAGGGCUGUCUUUUUCACAUCGGUGCCUCACACAGUUUCUUGAAGACGAGUUUCCAAACUUGCCCACCGAAGGCAUUGAGAGUCUAGUUAACUUUCUUACUGGUGAGGCAGUUGUCUGUCACGUGGCCAGUAACUUGGCUGUGGAGCAGUUGACGCUCAGUGCGGAGUUUCCUGUCCCCCAGCCUGUGUUACGUCGGACUUUCUUUGCAGUGAUUGGAGCCCUGCUCCAGAGCAGUGGUCCUGAGAGGGCUGCACUGUUCAUCAGGGACUUUUUAAUUACACAAAUGACAGGGAAAGAGCUCUUUGAGAUGUGGACCAUCGUAAAUCCCAUGGGACUCCUCGUAGAGGAGCUGAAGAAGAGAAACAUCUCAGCUCCUGAGUCCAGACUCACCAGGCAGUCUGGAAGCACAACUGCUUUGCCUUUAUAUUUUGUUGGCUUAUACUGUGACAAAAGGCUGAUCGCAGAGGGACCUGGGGAAACUGUACUUGUUGCAGAGGAAGAAGCGGCACGAGUGGCGCUCAGGAAGCUUUACGGAUUCACGGAGAACAGGCGGCCCUGGGACUACUCCAAGCCCAAAGAGAGCUCAAGAACAGAGAAAACCAGCAUUGCCAGCUAGGCAGCAAGGGUGUGUGUGACGUCAUCACCACUGAGCACAGCAGAGAGACAGUGCCGGAGGCGAACAGCUCAGAAUACGGGAGCAAUGUCUCAUUGCUCUCACUGUGCCCUACAAUUAAACAGGAGUUUAUCAGGUGACGGGUAUUUGUUUCAUUUUUUUCCUGUUUCUCUUACUACUGGUUUAUUACUUUGUAUGAUUUGUACAGUUAGAUAUAUUUUAUUCCCUCCAGCUUUGCAGUACAGUUAAAUACAUGUCAUAUGCAAAGUUCAUUGUAAUAUGAAUAAAAAGCUACUCUUUGAGAUUUCCUCCCUUUUCAUGGUGGUGCAGGAAAGGCUGAAGAAGCAGCUGUGGCUGUGAGUGUCACAGGUUUGAGACAGAGGUACAGGGUGAGGGCAAGGCUGGGUCCAGUAGAAGGAACAGGAGGACAGUUAAGCGAGUGCAGAUGACAAUUCAGGCUACAUCACCAUCAGGUAUGGAGCUGAGCCCAGGACAGUUGGGAGUCCUCUGCCUAUUGGUCCUUGAUGCCAGGUGUGGGGACCACUGUAGCAAAAAAGUGUCUGCCACUUCCUAGCAUCUUCCAGGUGAGUUCUUUGGGUUUGAAGUUGAUUUGGGCCACUUUGAGUCCCCGAAGAGUAAUAGGAUGAGUUCAGGGUUUUUGUUCACCCACUCCCCUUCUCGCCUAGGCACCAUGGGCUGGCUGCCUCUUUAAAAGGCUGCACAUCCUACUGGCUGGCCACUUUCCUUUGUCUAGUGUGUACCAGUAGUCCAGGGUGGUGUCUGGACUGGGUGUUUCCAGGUUCUUAGUGUUUUGUUCAGUAUUCAAGUAAAAGCUCAUCCUGAUUGCAAAGUUGCAAGGAAAUUUUAUUAAAACAGUAGGAAAGAUCAAAAUAGCCUGCAGGGAGCAGCAGGCCAUGUGAGGGAAGACAGUAGUCUUGAUGAUGGUGGGGUUCUCCAUUAAGGGGUCCAAGAGAAGGAGGAGCUGAGUUCCUAAGAGGCGUGCUUGGGUGCAUUGUACAGAGAUGGGAGUGUGUGGGUGUAGUACAUGUAGGUAAAGGAGCUAGACUGCCAAGUGCAUUAGGAGAGGGAGCUGUUCAUAACCCACCCAAGUAGAGUCCCACGUUGGCUGUCCGUCCUGAGUGUGCCCAGGAGGUUCUUGGGUCUGGUAUCCCUGAUAGGAUUUUAAUAUGUCAAUAUGCCCCUAGUGUCUUAAUUCACUCCUAAUAAACGGUGACUUCUCUGU